AUGGUCGGCUACACGCUCGACCAGGAUUACACGCCCUAUCCAAGUGCUGAUCCACCUAAAACUCUCACCAACCAGAUUGUGGUUGGCCUCGUGGACGACACCAGUUUCCAGUGGUGGGUGUCAGUGAUGGACGAGGCGAUCGGCUACUACCCAGAGGGCGUGUUCGACACGAGGUUCCCGGAGGCGGGGGGGCGGGUGGUGGACACCAGGCCGGGCGGCGCCCACACGUCGACGCCGAUGGGCAACGGCAUCCCGGCGUGCGGGGGCGGGCUCUUCGCCGCCACCGUGUUCGAGUACCUCGGCAUCAGCGCCAAUGGGGAGCUCUUCAACGACGCCAACCCGCUGGGUGUCGAUGACAAAAGGCCAGGCUACUACGUCGCCUACGGGAGGCGCCGGAGGGAUCUGUGA